UACUACUACCAUUCGUUUUUUCCCUUGAUCUGGUAACGCUGCACAUUAGUAAUUUGACAUUAUAAUGUAACACAUGAAGCUUUAUUAUUUGUGCUGUGAAGUUGGAUACAGUUAUAUGUAUUUAUAUGGUAAUUUGUUGUUUGUAGUGAAAUGAUAUAUAAUGUUUAUAAAAAACAAAAAUAUUUAAAAAACAAUUAAAUUGUGCAACUUGGUGAAACACUUGUUAUUAUAAACGGAUUAUACAUACGCUAUUUAAUACGCGUAAGUAAUUAAUAAUGAUCACAAUAAUAUAACCUAAAUUGUAUUGAACUAUUUUCUAUACAAUUGACAACAAUUUGAUUACAAAAGUUAAAAUGCCAUGCUGGUACUAUGAAAAAAAAGAAUUACGGAAUACUCCAUCCGUUCAGGAUGGGAUUGAUUAUGAAACGGAGUGUAGAUAUAGAAAAGAAGGUGCUCGUUUUAUAAUAGACACAGGCACAAAAAUGGAUUUAGGAUAUAAUACAAUGGCAACGGGUGUUGUUUAUUUUCAUAGAUUCUAUAUGUUUCAUUCGUUUAAAAAUUUCCCAAGAUAUGUUACUGCAUGCUGCUGUUUAUUGUUAGCUGGUAAAGUAGAAGAGACACCAAAAAAAUGUAAGGAUAUUAUAAGAACAGCCAAAACUUUAUUAACUGAACAAAAAUUUAUGACAUUUGGAGAAGAUCCUAAGGAAGAAGUAAUGACUAUAGAAAGGAUAUUAUUGCAGACAAUUAAAUUUGACUUGCAAGUAGAGCAUCCAUAUAGUUACCUGUUGAAAUAUGCAAAAUGUCUUAAAGGUGACAAGAAUAAAUUACAAAAAAUGGUUCAGAUGGCUUGGACAUUUGUCAAUGAUAGUUUAUGUACAACAUUAUCUCUUCAAUGGGAACCAGAAAUAAUAGCAGUUGCUCUCAUGUACUUAGCAGGAAAAUUAAGCAAAUUUGAAGUAUUAGAUUGGAAUGGAAGACAACCCAAACAUUUACGUUGGUGGGAUAUGUUUGUUGAGGAUGUAACUAUGGAUCUUUUAGAAGAUAUUUGCCAUCAAGUAUUAGAUUUAUAUUCUCAAGCAAAUAAUACCAAGCCCCCUGAUUCUCCGCCUGUAAUACCAUCUAAUGAACAAAAUAGAGAGAGAAUUGCUCCACCUCCUAUAGUAGACUCUGCAUCAAAUACACCAAAUGUGACUCCUGGAAAAGCCUCUAAAAUUGAAGUAACUACAGUUGCUGCAAAUGGUUGUACAGCUGCAGAUACUACAGAUGGUAUCAAACCCGUAGAUGCACCGACACAUUUUCCGACAUAUCCUACAAAUUUUGCUCCAGGCAGUACAACUUAUCCACCAGUAUUUCCACCAGCAAAUGUUUCUGUACCUCCUCCUCCUGUAAAUACUAUAAAUCAUAUUGUGCCAACAAUGCACCAUAUUAAUUCAUCUACCCCUAUUCGGCCUACACCUCCUGGUCCGAAUGCAGCUCAACCAUUUCAGCCUUAUCCUUAUCCAACGAAUGCAUCGUAUUUUGCACCUAAUGCUUUGGUACCACCUGCUACUACUCAACGUACCUAUUAUCCACCACAACCUUAACAUAUAAUUACUAUUUAUUAAUUGAAAAUUACUUUAUUAAUUAAAAAAUAUUUUAUAAUUUAUGUUAGAGUUGUAGAUAUCAUAAU